AGGACGGCCAAACGGGCGAUUGGAGAGGCACAAGACUCGGGCCUAGGCUAAAACCGUAUCGCUCAGAUACACCGAUAGCCAAAUUAAUAAUAAUUAAAUCGCUGCGUGACAAAGCCCCCCCACCGUCCCCAAAUUAUCCAUCCUCUCCGGUUUUGCGAAAAAAAAUAAACGAAAUAAUUCUCGAAAAUCUUUGUAUCUGUGUAUCGGAGAACUAAAAGAGGCCGUCGUUUGGCGCUCUCGCAUCUCAGCUGCCAGUGGGCGAAAGACGCAACUGCUGCGACCUUGCAAUGCCCUUGAAUGACACUCUUAUUGCGACCAAGUCGCCAACGUUGCCACUCCAACGGGCGCUGCUGCCACGGCUGCCACUCAGCGCUGGCAAAAAUAAUAAUAAUAACAGCUAAAAAUCACUUAAAUACACAGCAGAACACAUAGGGCCCGAAAAAACGCUGCGCAAAGUAAAAGUGAAAAUUUUAUUGAGGUCAAAAAAUUUUCGCGUGACUUCGUGAGAGUCGAGAGUCGAGAACCCCGGACGUAUCCUUAAUAAAGCCUUAACCGUAACCAAAACAAGUGUGUGCUAAAUAAACCAAAAUAAAAACAAAUAAUUAAAAAAUACACAUACAUACAAAGAUUAAAUGAAAAAAUAAGCGAACAUAUCUGAGAAAUUCGACAAAAGAUAGUGUUAUCUAACUAGCGCCCCCUGGCGGCUGUGUGUGUGUGUGUGCGGCGAAUAAAAGUGAAAGUUCUCGACCGGCCAAUAUCCUUCGGUAACCUUUCCCCAACAUUGGGUCACUUCCUUCGGAAUCGAAACAUAAACGACAACGGGGCACGCAAUAAUUAAAAGGCCCCAGCAUAUAUAGUAAAUAUAUACACCUAGAAUCGGUAUAUAUAGGUGAUAUUUAUGCCACAACUUUUGACAAGCAAUUCUUUUUAUUGCUACGCCGACGAACCAGAGGAAAACGCUGGCAAAGGCCAAAAAGGGAACGCCUUGGAAUAAUAUUAAAACAUCAGAUAUUCCGCAGAUCGGCUGCAUCGACACGAUCGUGAGCUGACGUGACGUAAAUGAACGAUCCAGGCGAUAUUCCCCUGACACACACGAGCACGCCGGACAGCAGGCCGCCCUGCAGCAUCAUCUCCAUCAUACCAACCAUUGGGAUGUCCUCAUGUCGCGGGAGAGCCGAGGCAUUCGCACGGAGUCUGUCCUCCAAGCUGCGCACCUUGGGAUCACAGACAACCGAGGAGGGCGAGGGCAACGCGGAGGAUGAGCCAAUCAUCAAUGGAACCAGCACGAACACGUGGGUCAACUCCCACGACUCGGAACAGACGGUGACGGACCUGCAGCCACUGCGCCAUGAGUCCGACUCCUUCUUCGACUUCGACUGCGAGCUGGAGUCGCCGGGGAGUCCGGUGGACGAGUGCGAGUACCUGCGCCUGAUCGAAACCGCCUCGAAUACGCCGCACAACUCCACGGCGGAGUCGGGCUACGCCUGCGCGUCCAUGGCCAGCAGUCACAGCAGCAGCACCGAUGGUCCCUACUUCGAUGCCUCUGCAUCCACAUCCGCAAAUGCAAUCGCAUCCGCAUCCGCAUCCGCUUCCACAUCCACAGCUGCAGCUGCCCAGGACCAAAAGCUGCCAGCCUCGGAACUCAAGGAGUAUGCGAACACGCUACAGAUAAACGGAAGGCACGGACUCGUCAACGGAGUGCAGGAGGACGAGCCAGCUGGAAAGGAUGUGGAGGACGAGGCCUUCCUGCAGGCCCAGAUCCUCAGUGAGCUCCAGCAGCACAGUCGAAGAGCAAGUCUGGAACAAGCAAAGUUGGAGGAGGAGAAGCUCAGCAAUGGGCAUCUUGAGGAAGGAGAGGAGCCAGAGCUGAAGGAUGGCCUGGAGUUGGUAGCUGGUACUACAAACAAAGCUCCAGGCUUGACCACCGAAGAAGAGGUUACUCAAGAAGAAUUGCCACACGACAGAGUUCAAAAAGAAGGUUCCCAGGAGAGGACUCAGGAGGAAACCCCUGACGACAGAUUGCAAGAGAAAACUCCCGACGAAAGGGUUCAAGAGGAAGCCGCCAAAGACACAGUCCAGGAGGAAACCUCCUGCCAAUCGCCCCCAGAAACCUCCGAUGAGCCAACCCCCACAGAGGAAACCACCUCCCCGGACAGAACUGUUGUGGAAGCCAGGGAGGCGGAACUCUCGCCGGACAGCGGCGUGGAUGAGACAGACAAGUCGGCCAGCAAUCUCACCGUGAACGUCGACCUGGCCCAGAUCGAACAGGCCAAGCAGGACGCCACCGAGGCGGUGGAGAAGAGCGGCGCCCAGAGCCACGGCAUCGACACCACGGACGACGAGGACGACUGCAGACCCCAGAGGAUCAGGCGCUGCUCCUCGCUGAAAACGGGAAAGACUCCGCCGGGAACUCCGGGGCGCAAGAAGAUCGUGCGGUUCGCCGACGUGCUCGGCCUGGACUUGGCCGAUGUGAAGACCUUCCUGGACGAGAUACCCACCAUACCGAAGUCGGCGUUCGAGGACCUCGAGAUCCUGGAGUCGGAGCCGCCGCUGCAGCUGGGCCCCAAGUCGGACAAGCUGCUGAUGCCCCUGUUCCAGCAGCCGGGCGGCCUGCCCAAGUUCCUCGACGCCGUCAGGGAGAAGCAGGUGUCGCUGGAGAACGCCGCCGUGUCGGACGUCAUCAACCAGACGAUCUCGGGGUCGGUGCGCGUGCGCAACCUCGACUUCCACAAGUCGGUGCACAUCCGCUACUCGCUGGACGGCUGGAGGAGCUACGCGGACCUGCAGGCCAACUACGUGGAGAACUCCUGCGACGGCUUCUCGGACAUCUUCACCUUCGUCCUGUUCGGCAACUCGCUGCACGUGGGCCAGCGGCUGGAGUUCGCCGUGCGGUUCCAGUGCAAGGGCCAGCAGUUCUGGGACAACAACUACGGGGCCAACUACUGCUUCCAGUGUCUGCCCAGCUCGACGCACACCGCCGGCAGCUCAUCGGUAUCGCCGCCGUCCGUGGCGACUGGCUCCGUAUCCUCCGGCCACGUGGCCAGCCUGGUCGGAAUGCUAAGCCCCACGGCGGGCGAUGCCUGGUGCAGCUCCUUCUACUAAGACGGUGGGCGGUGGCGACGGGCCACUGGCAAGCCCUCCAGAACUGUACCCCACCCACCUACCUACCUAACUACCUACCUACCUACCAGUCCCCAGCCCGACGGCACCACACCAAGGUCCGGGACUCAUCCCGUUCCUUGACGUCGUGUCCAGGUCCCCGCAAGAACUCGAAUCCCCCUCGGAGAUCACAGAUCAGAAUACCUACCCUCGUUGGGCCACCUCUUCAGUGGGGCGAGUCGAUUUUUGACUAGAAAUUCCGGUUGGACAUAAGUACUUUUUGGACAAUUCUAGAAAUACGUGCAGAGAACACUCUAGGCCAAGAAUCUCUAAAUGCAAAUUCAAAAUAACUAUCUAUUGAAUAACAAUGUUUUUAUAAGAUCCCUUUACACGAGCCGAGUUCUCGUCUGGAUUUUGCUAUAUAAUAGCUUUAAUGGAUGGUAUCCCGAUUUAAUGACGUUGUUUACACCUCAGAUGAGAACUCAACUCAUGUCAAGCGACCACAACCUGCUGUUACAUAGUGAAAGUGGCUUAGAACUGUCUACAAAACUAUUUAUCCCUGGAAUUUAUAAGUUCUCGCACACCGAUAAAUCGAAUCGCCCUUCCCUUCCUUGAAAGGGCAAUCAUUGUUUGUAUUUUUAUAGAGCGAAAAGGAGUGAAGGGUUAGAGAAAAGGAAGAGGAGCUGAAAAGCUAAGAGAGCGCCACAAAAAUCAAAUUGACAAACCAGAGUAGUGCGAAAAAAAGAACAGAAGCCAGCAAAGUUCGAAUGAAUCCCAAAGAUAGUUGUUAGUCGUAUGUUAUAAGAAGAGCAAGUGAUAACAAACUAAAAAUCAGAUCAGUUUCUUCAAUGUCUUCUUCUGUUUUCAAUUCUUUCCCAAUUUCAUUUGGUUUGUUCCCGGGUUUGUUUGUAGCGAAAAAGAGUUUCCAGGUCGGGUUAUCAAGAUUGGAUUUCUGCCAGUUGAUGUACUCUUAAAUACAUAGUUUUUGUGAGAAGAUUAAUUCCUAUUAAUCUUAGUUCAGCAGCAAUACUGAGGAAGUUUACGAGCUUAGCACCAUUCAUAUUCUCGUCUUUUUGUAAGAGCAACUAUAAGAAAGUUUUGUAGCCUCGUUUACGGAUCCGUUCGAGCACAGAGACGACAUCAAAAGUUAACUACAACUAACCAACAUCCAUUAUCUAGUCAAUUCGAGUUUACUUUUGCGACACUUUUGACUUUCAACAGUCCCAAAGGAAAUACUCCAAGCCAAUGAUCUUUUUACCCCGAUUGGAAAUCCUUUUUCAACCAUCUGACAACAGACAAACCUCAGCUUUUGUUUCUCCUAAAUGUUGAUAAAUCUCUUGAUUUUUUUAAUAUUCGUUAACUCUAAUUUAAACGAUUUCUUAUUCUUUAUGUAUAUGUUGAUUCGUAAUAUAUAUCGUAAUAUUAUAUAAAUAUAUAUAAACACAAUAAAAUAAAUAUAAAAUUUAGUUAUUUCUCCUUGGUUGAUUCUUUUACUUAUCAUUGUUUUUAAAUAAUAAAAACGAUUAGAGCUCUUCUUAUCCACACAGAACCUUAAAUAGCCUAUAUCAGGGAUUGACAAACGAAUACUUUUAACAAUUAAUUGCAAACGCAGCUACCUCAAGGUUUUCUAGCCGAAAACACGAAUAAGAGAGAUAAAUAGUUAAACAAAAUAUAUGAUUAAAAUAAAAUACCAAUUAAUAUGUUUAUUGCAUAGCAAACAUGUAUAAAACAAGAAAGCAGCAACAAAUAAAAGCGAACUUUAAAAGUUACAACUAUUUACAUAUGUUAAUGUAUGUAGCAAAACCCUAAUAAAAAUUACAAAAGUCCCCCAAACCGAAUGACUUAGACUGAAGCGUGAGUAUUUCGCGAGAAGUGCGAAAAAAUGUUAUGAGAUCUGCCCAAAAAACAGACAUUUGUUAAGGUUUGUGUAGGCGGGGCUUUUGUCAGCAUCAGUUCCACUCCACACUAACAAAAGAAUAAUAAAACCCACAAUAAAAUAAUAAUGCGAACAGGCA